AAGCCGAACACAAAGUCUUGAACACUGUAGUAAUGCAGCAGGCUAGUUAGGAGCUUUACUGAUGGAUAACACACUCCACGGGUAGCCUGGCUUCGCAAAACUCUUCAUAGUGCAAAGCAUCUCGGCGACGGAAAGGCGUUAGGCACAGCGAUGAGCGACUGGGGGAUCGCGCUGUUGGUGAUCCUCAUCUGUGCUGUGGUGGCGGUGGCGGCGGCGGUCCUGUUCCGGCUGUUCGGGGUCUACCACUUGGCCGCGUGUUUCGCCAGUGACGAGGAGAAGGCGGUACUCACGAAGAAUGAACAGAGGAACGACUACCUGGUGACGAAGUCCGAGAGUUCCGAGUUCGUGCUGGACAACAGCGGCAAGUUCGUUCAGUACGACACGCUAGAGACGGACCCGCGCUACCUGAACCUCCAGCCGGACAAACCGCAGCCCCAGGAUGAGAGUGCCAAAAGUAGUCCAACCUCAGUGGGGAACAGUUCCAUAGCUUCGGAGUUGGAGUACUCCCAUGGAAUCCGGCGAGCCGAGUCAUGUGACAGCGUCGCCUCCGACUCCUCCGUGCUCGAGAUGCAGCCAGACAUGCCCAAGAUCGGACAACUCGAGUUCGCCCUCGAGUACGAUAGGGAAGUGUCUGAGCUGAUCAUCAGUAUUAUACAGGCACGUGACCUGGCCCCCAACCAGUAUUCCGGCACGUUAGACACGUUCAUCCACGGAGUGCUACAGCCCAACCCGGACGCCAAGUUCCAGACCAAGGUGAACAAGGGCAGCACGGAUCCGGUGUACAAGGAACGCUUCCUGCUGACGGUCGAGCCGCACGAGAUCGACAAGCGUGUGCUGCAACUCCAGGUGUACGGGGUCGACAAGUACGCCAGGCAGAAGGUCAUCGGCGAGGCGGACAUCCGGGUCGGUGACGUUGACCUCCACCAGCCAAUCAAAAUGUGGCUCAACUUGCGCGACAUUGCAGACGAGAGACCCACCGAAUAUGGCGACAUAUUGUUUUCUCUGAGUUAUCUCCCCACCGCUGAACGCCUAACGAUCGUCAUAGUGAAGGCGAGAAACCUGAGAUGGCGGGAAAACAAAGACAGUGGCGACCCCUUCGUAAAAGUCUACCUCAUGCAGAACGGGAAGAAGAUCUCCAAGAAGAAGACGACGGUCAAACGAGGAGAGAAGAACCCCAUCUUUAACGAGGCCAUGAUCUUCUCGGUUCCCGCCACGGCACUUCCGACUGUUCAACUUCGAAUCACUGUAGCCGAAUUGUUGCCCGAUAACCGGACACCAUCACUAGGUCACGUGAUUGUAGGAGCGAAUACUUCCGGAACGGAAGUGUCACACUGGAACCAAAUGAUGACGUCACUGAGAAAGCCAGUUUCAAUGUGGCAUUAUUUAAGAAAAUAACAUUGCUACGUCAUCGCGACUGCAGAAAAAGAAAUUAUUUGACGACAAGAAUUCUGAUGAAUAAUCGGUGCUGGCGUAAACCAAUCACAUAUCGUGGUUUCGUGUAAUAUACAUAAUGUAUGUGCAUGCAUUAGCAUAUUUGCAAAUUUGUAACCUAGACCGUAUAACCUGUAGUAAAAGGCUACACUUUUCCAGGUUCUUCCUUUCUUAAAGAAAGAUAAACCAUGUUAAAUCACCAGCUGUACCGACGAGCAUAAUGUACGUCAGACGAAGAACGAAUAAUAUCAUUAUUUUGUCUAACAUUAAAAGGAAAUUUUACACGAUGUUGUUUUAUGGUAUUUAAAUGACAUUGUGUAUGUUCGUGUAUUGUCAUAACAUGAACGCGUUGUGUUAAAUUCCACCUGUUUUUGUGCAGCACCGAAACUACUUUAAAAUGGCCGUCUAUCUGACCUUCAACCCGUCCCUCUCAGGGAUUCCAGUAGAUUAACCACAUGUUGCCUGCUUUUUCUAUUUUUCUUUAAACACAACAAUUUCUCCCAUUUUAAUUUCAGUAUUGUUUAAUGCCAAACGCCUGUAAGAACACGUGCCUGUUUGCGACUGUGAAGUUUGACGUUCACAGAAAUUUUAAAUUCUGAACUAAUUAGUUUAAAGAAGACCUAAAAUCAUUCUAACGAUGCUUUUCGAUUGGUCCUGCGAACUCGAACGUCCCAUCUUUUAGACUACCUCGAAAUAUGUAGAAGAAAUCAAACUAUUAUCAUACACCUUUUUAGUGUAUUUAUAUACUGCUAGCUAGUUAAGAUUUGAAUAAGUGUUCUUGGGUAAGCACCCAAGUUAAAAAAAACUUUUAUUUAUUACUUUACUUAUUUGUAAAUAAUAUUUAGUUACGAUUAGUUACGUCCUAGUACUCUUGUUUAUGUAUUCCAUUUUACAUUUUGUUUAUUAUCGUUCUACGUUAGUAUGUAGUAAAUAUAUAUAUGCUAUUGUGUUUUUACUAACGUGAUUUAGUAGGAAUUUCGAUUAAACGAGCAGUUAAUACUAAAUAUCUUUAUCAAAUGUAGAUGGUUCUGUAGUUUUUUUAAUUUAAUUUUCAGUUUCGUUUGAAAUGAAAGUUACUUUAUAAACUACGGUUUAAUUAGUAUAUUUAUUUUGGGGAACCUUUUUAAAAGUUUAUAAUACAUAUGAUAAAUAUGAUUUACGCCUUGUCCCCUAAAGUAUCAUUUAAAUUUAUACUUUGCUGCGAUGGUUUAAACAAGACACGGAAUGCUUACUUAACCGACACCUCAAUUUGUUUUAAACUUUGACUAUUUGAUGUCUCAUAUAUAUUAUUUUCACGUGGUGUAGAAAGUCGGAAAACAAACGCCUACGUACAAGAGUUGUUCCCCUUUCCCCCGACACAAACUGUAUACUCCUUAUGAAACUGAGCGCACUGAUAUCUCAAAUACCUUAUUUUGUAAUUUUGGUAACAUUUCCACCCCUUUAUUUAAAUUCUUCUCUCUGCUCCCGGGGUGCAGCAAACAAUUUAGUUUCAAAGGGAAGCUCUCGUAUUUUCUCAGUAGACGAUUGUCUUCGUUUCCCAUGUAUAUAGCUUACAUCACAAGAGUCGUCAUUAAUAUAUAACUCAUUAGCACAUUGUCAGAUUCACGUUUACACAAUUAACACGUUUGUACAGUUUACGUAUGUUUUUUCUGUUUUAUUAUGCAUUGCUUUUACAACUAAUACGGUAAUCUUAAAUGUACAUUUUACUUACCGUCUGAUAUUUUUGUUGUGUCUUGUUAAGGCUUUGCUAUUAUUUCUUGUUACAAACAAACAAGAGAGAGAGAGAGAGAGAGAGAGAGAGAGAGAGAGAGAGAGAGAGAGAGAGAGAGAGAGAGAGAGAGAGAGAGAGAGAGAGAGAGAGAGAGAGCGCUAAAGGCGAGUCCAUACAUAUACAGAUUUAAACAAUUUGUUUUUUAAUAUGUCUUAUUGUCACUAAGAAUAUUAAAUUAACUCAUCAUGAUGAUGGUGAUGAUAAUGAUGAUAUCAGAGUUCAUAGUGUAUUUGAAAAUAGAAAAUUAAGUUUGAUCUAUCACAAGACCCCCACAACACUCUUACCGACAUUUGUUUAUUUUAUUUCAGUGCUUUAGAUUACUGCAUUGAGUACCUAUUACACUGGCUGCCUACCAAUUUUAUCUACACCUUUCCUCGUACAAAAUGACAUAUUUUAUUAACAUUGUGUUAUUUAUUGGAAUGUGUAUACUGUUGUUGAACUAUAAUUUUAUAUCAGUUUGUAUGGUAUAACAAGAUGGUUGUCUUGGAAACAGGGCAUCGUUCAGGCUGUAAGGACAAAACGUCCCCAUGGACUGAACCGAAUUCUGUAGAUGCUAGAUGUUUCAUGAUGUCAGAUUUAGAUUUGUUAUGACCAGGGUCAUAUCUAGACUGACUAAUUUGUUGGUGGGGGUAGUUAAACAAGAAUCGAGACAACAUUAUAGCUCUUGUUCACGUAGCCUGAAAUGAACACAUUAAAUACAACUGGAACUAUUUACUAUUUUUGGGCUGAGUGAAGUGACCCUUGCUCCUCAAUCGAUACGGCCCUUCUAUCGCCAUUCUGAAAACAUAUAUUUAUCUUUUAAGCCAGAUUUAUAUAAACAGAACCAAUGUUUGUAAACUAUAUGUUUAUUUCAUGAUAGCAGUUGAGCAGUUUACAGUUUAAAAUACUCAUAUUUAGAUGAUGUGGACAGGUGAAGAAAGGGAUUGUUUGUUUCUUGGCGUAUACAUCUUAUUAAACACAUUAUUAAUUGUUGUCAUUGUGAUACAUGUAUAGUUUGUUGCUGUGACUUAACACACAUGUUAAUGGUCAUUGUCAAGUCGUAUAUCGUGAUAACGAUUCAUUCCUGUUUUUUUUAAUCUGUGUUCGACACAGGCGCGGUUGCAAUUUCCACGGUGUACAAUGACUCGUACACAUCGUAACAUUCAGCAUGAGUGUACGGACCAGCUGGUAACGUGUAAGACAAUGUAUUAAUUCAUGACGUAAAAUACCUUUCUGGUUUCUGUACAGUUACGUCCCAAACACUUUAUAAAUGGCAACCAGCCUAAUAUCCAAAAGAAUUAUGACUACCAACUGAUAUUGACUUUACUUCCUUGUAGUGGGAUCUCACAUAAACCACCAUGUUUUGAUUGAGCUAAAAGUCAAAUAAGCCUGAGUUGCUUCUUGUCAUAGUCAUUGCCCUAAUUGUAUUCUCGUUAGCCUUUGUUAUACAUGUGCAUAUUGGAUUUACUUGCGUCAUGUCCCAUGAUGACGUACUUAAUACCAUGACACACCCAGUGGACUUGAACAAACGUCUACUGUGUUACUAUUGUUUUAAUGACAAGUUGUUAUGAUCAAUUCAUUGUGAUGUUGUUGACACAAUUAUUAAAUUAUUAUAGUCGCAUCCGUUAUACAUUAAUAGUUUAUAUUCUGUAUUCUAUAAGGAACUUUGUCUCAUAUUAUUGGAUUUUUUGUUGUUGUAGAACAUAAGCAUUUUUAAUACGAUUUAGGAAAAGAAAUAUAGUUAUUUUUAAAUAGUUCAAUUAUGAUUACCGAAGUCAAGUGAUUUGUAGUUUUAAAACUUUUGUAAUGUCACAUUUGAUAAUAAGAUAAUAUUCACAAUUAUCAGCAUCUUUACCAUAUUAAAGCCCGUAAGCGAACAGUUAUUAAACAAAAUUUGUCGAUAAAAAUAGUUCUUGCAAAAAUCUGCUUUUUCGACGGACACUUUUAGGAUGCGGAAGAUGUAACACAAAACAAAGUGUUUUUGUAAAUAGCCCAUAAAUAUUGAUACUUGUAUAAACCCAUUAACAGUUUGUCAUUCUUUUUCCGAUAGACGUUUUCAACAUUAACUGUAUAAAAAUAACAAAACAAACCGUAUGUGAUUCGUGAUUCACUUUUCGUGCUAUGCGAUGUCUGCAGGUGUCUUAACAACAUACGGUUUUGUUGAAGUCUUUACAAAAAGCUAUAUUUUUAUAUGACGUGAUGAAUAGUUCUUUAAUGGUCCUUGCAAAUCACUGGGGUGUUCGGGACGACGAAAACAUUGACUGGUUUUCAUUCUGUCCUAUACCAUCACAAUUAUUUAACAUUAGUCGCAAAAACAGUCUAGUGACUAGACUGUGAACGCUCGACCACCGGGACAGUCUGGCGGACAUGUGUAAAACAGUUUACAGAAAAGGGGUCAUCUCAUUUUGAGGUUCCUAUACGUAGUAUUCAAAUAACCCACAAAACUGGAAGUAAUAUAUCUGUAGCGUGUUUAGAACAACCAGUAUUCCGUUGCACUGGUUGGCAUUCUGUACACAAACAUCGUUAUCUGGAUGGUAAAAGAACCAAACAAAAAAGUUCGAGAUAUUGGUGAUUUGAUAUAAACGUAAUAGUUGGUCAAAACGGAAGCGUACUAUUUUAAAUUACACGAAUAAAAACAUUUUUAUAUAAGUUGGAAAUUUGAGAUAAUGGAAAUAAGCACACAAGUUGAUAGUGAAAUAGAUAUGCUAGGUUGCACGCGCACCGGUUAACUUGAAAUUAAUCAACCAUUUUAUCUUGUUUAUUUAAACCAGCAGUAUACACAUUAAUCAAUAGAAAUAUAGAGCAUCCUUUUUCUCAAACUGACAUCUACACAUUUUAGGAAAAACGGAACAUCAGUUAUGUGGUAUAAUAACUUCUUGACUUCGAGAUAUCCAGCUCAUAUUGCACAAUUUGAUAUAACGAAUGUUCCUAAUAUCGAAUGAAUGUUAUCCUGGACACGGUGUAGGGCCCUGAGUUUCGAAGCUAUCUUAGCACUACUAUAUCGUAUGCGUCAUAGCUUACGACGAUGUUACGACGUCUUAGCGCUAAGAUAGCUUCGAAUAUCAAUCUGAUUAAAAUUGGCACCACUAGUUAAUAGCCAGUAAGUUGAUUUCAGUCAGAUUGUUUCUAAAAUCUGUAGGCAGCACUAUAACUGCCAUAGUUAAAGAGAAGGCAACCCGAGCAGUGCAUGCAGGGUAUUUUACAUUAAACACUACAACAUGGCUGUACUCUUUAACGAGGCCGUUCAACAAUUACGUAACGCCGAAUUUGGCAAAUAUGUUUACCUCCUCUCUUUCCACGUAACGCCUUCACUGUCAUAAUGACGUCAUUUGACCAAUAUUAUUAUUAGAGUUUCUGUUCAUAUUUCGGUUUGUUUGGUUUGUUAAUAAAUAUUAGACAGAAAGUCAUCGGUUAAAGAACAGAACAACAAUGAUUGGCUGUGUUGAAAACGUUACGUAACUCGUGAAAAGCACCCUGCCUCCCGUAUCGUAAUGUAUCCCAUGAUAUCCCCAUAGAGCGUUACAUAAUAAUUGUUGAACAGCCCACAUAACAGUAUGUAUCUUAAUAUUACUCCAUGCACUAUUUCAUAAUGAACAUGUGUAAAUCGUCUAUUUUGAUGUAUUUCAAGAAUGAAAAUAUUUAAACAAA